AUGAGGUCUGGCCACAUCUCAGAAAAAACUGAUGUGUAUAGUUUUGGUGUGCUUUUACUUGUGUUCUUGAUGGGACGAAGAGCUUGGUGGCUAAUUAUACGGCAGGAAGGAGGGUAUAGUUCAGUUAUUGAUUAUAUGAAGUCACAUGCUUACCAGCAUCAGACAAUUGUGGACCCUAAAAUCUUAGAAGAGGUUGGGGGAAAUAAGCAAGUAGAACAGCAGUUGCAUGAUUUCCUAGAACUGGCAUUGUCAUGCACUCAAGAUGAAAUUGAAGGAAGGCCUUAUAUGAGCAAUGUGGCGAGGGAACUCGUUCGAAUCGACGAGUCUAUUUUGCCCAGCUAG